AAUUUGACCAAGAAAGCCCAAGAAAUCCUAGGCGUUAGAAGAGUAUAAAUAAACCUUGUCAAAAAAUUGCUGCCCCUCACCAUAUUGCAUUUGAACAAGCCUCAAUAUCACCAAGGAAAACUCGGGUCUAUUCACUACUUGAGAAAAUUAAAUAGGACCAUUAAAGUCAAGAAGAUUCCUUCAUUCUGAGAAUUAGUCGUUUCCCUUCUUCUUCUCCUCCUUCUUCUUCCUCAUACCCGUCUAGUCCUCCUAGUCAUCCUGCUCGUCCGUCUAUCCACAUAAAAAGACAUUUAAUUAUCUUUUUACGAGAAAACAAAGCAUACGAAUUGUUCUCAAGAGCGUUUCUGCAGUACAGUGUACGCGUUCCACUAAUUUACAAUAUAUUGUUACGAGCAGUAGCUUCUUUCUAGAAGCUCUCCCGGGUCCCUCGCUCCCACACUCGAACUUAACCCCUCCAUUAUUUAUACGCUUAACGUUAUCCCUGGGCCGAACCUAAGCCGAGAGCCCCUCCGUCCGUCUUCUUAAGACCAACGAGCAAGAAGCUCAACAAUACAACCAAAUCCGACAACUACACCAUCACAAAUCUCAAUAUGGCUCACCACGAUGAGAAAGGUCCUCACGGAGAUGGAGCUUACAGUGAGGUUAUCGAGGAGGGUUCCGAUCUCAAACACCCACAUACCGUUCAUCGCAUUAGAGCUAACUCCUCUAUUAUGCAACUGAAGAAGAUUCUUGGUGAGCAAUCAAUCUAUCAGUCAUAACCUAUCCGCCAAUCUUCAAGUCCCUGCAGUAUAUGCUAAUAUAAAUCUCUUGUGAUCUACAGUGGCCAAUCGUGGUGAAAUUCGUAAGUUUUCCAUCAACCAAUCCAUUUUUGUUUACUGUUGUGUUAUGUGACUCAACUAACGUUUGUGUAGCUAUUCGUGUAUGUUAUCGUCCAAUUGCUUCAAGCCGAUAAAUGCAGAAUGUGCUGACCCGACUUCCCUGCUCUUUAGAUUUUCCGUACAGUAAGUUUGUUUGUCCUGUCCUCGAUAGCCCUAGUAUCCUUUCCAAGAGAUUCUAUAUGCAUCAGACUGACUCGUCUCUUUUUCUAGGCCCACGAGCUUUCCCUACAAACAGUCGCGGUCUUUAGGUAACACCUUGGCGAUAAUCAUAUAAUGGACACCUGGCUGACCGAGUUUGUAGUUAUGAGGAUCGUCUUAGCAUGCAUAGGCAGAGUAAGUGCAAUCUGCGAAUUAUACACGGUGAAGAGAGGCUGACUACAUGGUGUUACAGAGGCUGAUGAAGCAUAUGUUAUCGGCAAGCGGGGUCAAUAUACACCGGUUGGUGCAUACUUGGCAGGAGACGAAAUCAUCAAGAUUGCUCUUGAACAUGGCGUUCAAAUGAUACAUCCUGGUAUGAAGAUUGAAUUUAUCAUGAUCAUCGGGACAUCUGUCUAAUAUUCCAUUAGGUUAUGGUUUCCUUUCCGAGAACGCCGAGUUUGCAAGAAACGUUGAAAAGGCUGGACUUAUUGUAAGUGGAACAUCCAUCGUCUUGUACUUUUGAGGAUUGUAACUUAUAAUACCCGCCGUAUAGUUCGUUGGACCUUCCCCAACCGUUAUCGAUGCUCUUGGAGACAAGGUAUCUGCCAGAGCAAUUGCUAUCAAAGCCGGUGUCCCAGUUGUUCCAGGUACUGAAGGCGCUGUUGAAAAAUUUGAGGAUGUGAAGAAAUUCACCGAUGAAUUCGGUUUCCCAAUCAUCAUCAAGGCGGCAUAUGGAGGUGGUGGACGUGGUAUGCGUGUUGUCCGACAACAAUCAGAUCUCGAAGAUGCUUUCAACCGUGCCACAUCCGAAGCCAAGUCUGCCUUUGGAAAUGGAACUGUUUUCGUGGAGCGAUUCCUUGACAAACCAAAGCACAUCGAGGUACAACUUUUAGGAGACAACCACGGAAACAUUGUUCACUUGUACGAGCGUGACUGUUCCGUACAACGAAGACAUCAAAAGGUGGUAGAAAUCGCACCAGCUAAGGAUCUUCCACAAGAAGUCAGAGAUAACCUCUUGAAUGAUGCUGUCAAACUUGCCAGGUCGGUCAACUACCGUAACGCAGGAACAGCUGAAUUCUUGGUUGAUCAACAGAACCGAUACUACUUUAUUGAAAUCAACCCACGUAUUCAGGUCGAGCAUACCAUCACGGAAGAGAUCACUGGAAUUGAUCUUAUUGCAGCACAAAUUCAAAUCGCUGCAGGUGCAACACUUUCUCAAUUGGGUCUCACACAAGAUCGCAUUUCUACCAGAGGUUUUGCUAUCCAAUGUCGUAUUACCACAGAAGAUCCUGCACAAGGAUUCUCACCAGAUACCGGAAAGAUUGAGGUCUACCGUUCAGCCGGUGGUAACGGAGUUCGUCUUGAUGGUGGUAAUGGAUUCGCCGGCGCUGUUAUUACUCCUCAUUACGACAGGUUCGUAAUGAUUCUCUCAUCUUCUUCCAACAUCCAUCCUUGAUAAGCAAAUACUGACUAUAUAACAGCAUGUUGGUCAAAUGUACAUGUCAAGGAUCUACUUAUGAGAUUGCUCGAAGAAAGGUUCUUCGUGCCUUGAUCGAAUUCCGUAUCCGUGGUGUUAAGACUAACAUUCCUUUCUUGGCUACUUUACUUACUCAUCCUACCUUCAUCGAAGGCAACUGCUGGACCACAUUCAUCGACGAUACCCCUGAACUGUUCGAUUUGGUCGGUAGUCAAAAUCGUGCCCAAAAGUUGUUGGCUUAUCUUGGAGAUAUUGCUGUCAAUGGAAGUAGCAUUAAAGGUCAAAUGGGAGAGCCAAAAUUCAAGGGUGAAAUCAUCAUGCCAGAGCUCUUUGAUGCGAGCGGAAAGAAGAUCGAUACCUCUGUACCAUCCAAAAAGGGAUGGAGAAACAUCCUUCUUGAACAAGGUCCUGAAGCAUUUGUCAAAGCUGUCAGGGCAAACAAGGAAUGUCUCAUCAUGGACACAACAUGGCGUGAUGCCCAUCAAUCGCUCCUUGCCACUCGUGUUCGAACAGUUGAUCUUUUGAACAUUGCAAAGGAGACAAGCCACGCUUACAGCAACUUGUUCAGUUUGGAAUGUUGGGGUGGAGCUACUUUCGACGUUGCCAUGCGUUUCCUCUACGAAGAUCCAUGGGACAGACUUCGAAAGAUGAGAAAGCUUGUUCCAAACAUUCCAUUCCAAAUGUUGUUGCGUGGAGCCAACGGUGUUGCUUACUCCUCCUUGCCGGAUAAUGCUAUCUUUCACUUCUGUGAGCAAGCUAAAAAGCAUGGUGUUGAUAUUUUCAGAGUCUUCGACGCUUUGAACGACAUUGAUCAGCUCGAGGUUGGUAUUAAUGCUGUACACAAGGCCGGUGGUGUUGUUGAAGGAACUAUUUGUUAUUCAGGUUAGUGAUUUAUCCACUGUGAUAGCGUUACCGAAUACUAACUUCUAAAUUAGGUGACAGUACGUACUACCCAAUGCUUGACUCGGCUUGGAUGUUUCAUUCCCUAUGUUUCAUUUUCGUUUCUUCACUUUUGAUAUAUCUAUACACCUCCCCAUCUUUUCUUUCACCCCUUCUCCCAGUACUCUGGAGGAUCUUUGAAUUUUCCAUACCGUUACGAAAUUGAAGAGUUGUACCAAAAGAGAAAUUUUACUUCCUUUUGAGAGUCUUCUCAACUGUUCAUGGCAAUCUGGACAUUUUAUCCCUUCCAAGAGACUAAAUGUAUUUCCUUCUGGAAUGCUUUCUCAAUUGUACAGCUUAGUCCGAACAUUGAAAGUUCUGUGGGACGGGCAACGUUACAUUCAUCCUAAAGGGUCUAUUCAAAUACUGAAAUUAUCUUGGACAUUGAAGUCUUUUCAAUUGUUGAUAGCAUUUCAGAUAUUGAAGAGCUUUAUGGCGUGAUAGCUUUACUUCCUUUUCUCUCCAAACCCCUUCAUACUAAGAAUUACUGACUUACUCUUGCUCUAGUGUUGAACCCCGCAAAGAAAUAUAACUUGGAAUACUACUUGUCUUUGGCCGAAAAGUUGGUGGACCUUAAGAUUCACAUCCUGGGUGUUAAGGACAUGGCUGGUGUUCUGAAACCAAGAGCUGCUACCUUGUUGAUUGGAGCCCUUCGCAAGAAGUACCCAGAUCUUCCAAUUCACGUUCACACUCACGAUUCUGCCGGUACUGGUGUUGCAUCUAUGGUUGCUGCCGCUAAUGCAGGUGCUGAUGUUGUUGACACCGCUACUGAUAGUUUGUCUGGCAUGACAUCUCAACCAAGUGUUGGAGCUUUCCUUGCUUCUUUGGAGGGCUCCGAACUUGAACCAAAAUUGGACGUUCACCAUGUUCGAGCCAUUGAUUCAUACUGGUCCCAACUCCGUCUCUUGUAUUCACCUUUCGAAGCCCAUCUCAGUAAGUACAAUAUUUCACAAUACACUCCCAGAUUUCAAACUCCUGUUCUAUAACAAUUGCUAACUUUUCGAAGCUGGUCCCGACAGCGACGUGUAUGAGCAUGAGAUCCCAGGUGGUCAAUUGACCAACAUGAUGUUCCAAGCAUCUCAACUUGGCCUUGGUGCUCAAUGGGCCGAAACAAAGAAAGCUUAUGAGCAAGCCAACGACUUACUUGGUGAUGUUGUCAAGGUCACUCCAACAUCUAAGGUUGUUGGUGAUUUGGCACAAUUCAUGGUUUCCAACAAACUCGACUUUGAUUCUGUUCAAGCUAGAGCUGGUGAAUUGGACUUCCCAGGUUCCGUUUUGGAUUUCUUUGAAGGUCUGAUGGGUCAACCAUACGGCGGUUUCCCAGAACCAUUGAGAACCAACGCUCUCCGUGGCCGACGCAAGCUUGAUAAGCGCCCUGGUCUUUACCUUGACCCACUGGAUUUGGCUAAAAUUAAGAAAGAUAUCCAUUCCAAGUGGGGCAGCGUCACUGAGUGUGAUGUUGCAAGUUACGCCAUGUACCCCAAGGUCUUUGAUGAUUACCGAAAAUUCAUUCAGAAGUACGGUGAUUUGAGUGUCCUUCCAACUAGAUACUUCCUCUCAAAACCAGAAAUUGGUGAGGAGUUCCAUGUUGAGCUGGAGAAGGGUAAGGUUUUGAUCUUGAAGCUUCUUGCUGUUGGUCCACUGUCAGAUACCACUGGACAGAGAGAGGUCUUCUACGAGAUGAACGGUGAAGUCCGACAAGUUACUGUUGAUGAUAACAAUGCAGCUGUUGAGAACACGAGUAGACCAAAGGCUGAUCCAGGAGAUUCAAGCCAAGUUGGAGCUCCUAUGGCAGGUGUGGUUGUUGAGUUGAGAGUUAAGGAUGGUGGUGAGGUUAAGAAGGGUGAUCCUCUCGCUGUUUUGAGUGCUAUGAAGAUGGUGAGUUUUUCCUCUAUGGGUCGCCAUUAUUGAUGAAAUGAAUUAUUUACUAAUCAUGAAUUUAGGAAAUGGUUAUCUCUGCGCCACAUGCUGGUAAGGUUAGCAGUAUGCAAAUCAAGGAGGGAGAUUCGGUUGGUGGUUCCGAUCUUAUCUGUAAAAUCGUUAAAGCAGGCGAGUAAAUAGCGAAUGCAAGUUUUGAGGGGUUAUUAUGAUAUCAGAUGUUGGUAGCGUUGAUGGAAUGAAUGGAUUAUGAUUGCUGGGUCUGAAAGUUAUUGCUUGGUAGGACCAUGAAUUGUAACUACCUUUAUAGAAUUAUGAAUGAUUUUUAACAAUUUGAGUGAUGAUACCGUUUGGUAUCCAAUUUAAAUGUGUGAAAACCAAGAGCGAAUGAUUAAGAGUUGUUCGUAUUGUAUUGUCCAUACUAGGUUAAUCUCCAUUCACCCUUUUCCUCUAAAGCUUCAGAAAAUAGGUCAAUUGGUCUUCAAGGGUCUCAAUAUGUCAAUGGCAGGCAAACUACUCUUCUCCACACACCUUUUUAU